AUGAACGCCGAGCAAGAAGAAGAAGUGGAAGCAGAAGCGAGACGCUCCUUAGAGCAGUCAAUAUUACAGUUUUGCCGGCGCGGUUAUGAACUGAGACGGGUCAAAAAUGGGCACAUUGAACCGGCUCGCCUAGUGAGUGUGACGGAUGAGAAUUAUUUCCGCUAUCAUUCUCAAGGAUUUUGGCGUAUUUUACCAGAGAAACUCAAAUCCGGUUAG